AUGUCGACCGAGCGAUUGGAAGCGGCGAGGAGCGUGAUGAUGUGUAAUCAAGAUAAUUGGGAGACGGGAUGCUUGGCGAAUUACGACGACGAGGCGUUUGAUUACGUCGACGGCCCUGGCUUGACGAAGAUUCACGGAAAGAGAAAUAUGGAGCGAUAUUUGAGGAAUCAAUUCGAUUUUUCGAGGCAGUAUUUGACAGUCGACGAGGAAGUGUGCCAAGCGGACUCUUACGUCGCGACGUGGAGGUUAGAUAUGUUGCUCGGGACGGGGCCGCUUCGAAACAUAUCCGGGAUAAGCGUUUUAAAGUUCAACGCCAAUCCGGAAUCGCGGAAGAUUGUUUACCAUCGGGACUACCUUCCGGACGGCCCGAUUUGGGAAAACGCUCCUAUAGUCGGACCUUUGGUGAAACUCCAGCGUCAAACGUACACUUCGUGUAUGCAAACCGACUUCGGGUGCGCAAAAGUUUUAGGGGGCGUCGAAAACGAAAACGACGUCGGCGGAGUGGAAGCGAAAUAG